UAGUUUUCAUCAGAAGGAUCAAAUUUUGCAGCCACCUUUUGAAUUUGGUGGGCAAGGGAAGGGCUUCAACAAGGAGGCAACCUUCUUUACACAUAGCAGUACUCACAUGGGAGAGCCUGCCUAUAAAUAUGAUGAAUAUUGGAGAGCCUGUGACAAGUCAGCUCUCAUUGCCCAAGAGAGAACUCACAUAGGGGAGGGUCACUGUAGAUGUAAGGAAUGGGAGAACACUUUUUGUGCGAAAACAACACAGUCGAAUCUUCAAAGAGCUGAUUUCAAGGAGCAACACCAUAAAUGUAAUCAAAGUGGGGAUAAUUUCAGCAAGAAAUUACACCUCACUCCACUUUCAAGAACUCAGUUAGGAGAGAAAACUUUUGAAUGUGAUGUAUGUGGCAAAACUUUCUACAAAAAGUCUAAUCUCAGUAAACAUCAGAAAAUACACACAGGAGAGAAACCCUAUAAAUGCAGUGAGUGUGAGAAAACCUUCAUCAGUAAAACAGUUCUUACAAUACAUCGGAGAACUCAUACAGGGGAGAAACCCUAUGCAUGUAUCGAAUGUGAGAAAUCUUUCUGCCAUAAGUCACACCUAACUGUUCAUCAGAGAACCCACACAGGAGAAAAACCGUAUGAAUGUUAUGAAUGUGGGAAAUCCUUCUCUGUGAAAACCAAACUCACUGUACAUCUGAGAACACACACAGGAGAGAAACCCUAUGAAUGUAAUGAGUGUAGGAAAUCCUUUUACCAGAAGUCAGCCCUCACUGUACAUCAAAGGAUUCACAAUAGAGAGACACAUCAUGAAUGCAAUGAUUGUGGUAAAACCUUCCAUAAGAAGUCAGUUCUCAUUGCACAUCAGAGAACUCACACAGGAGAGAGACCUUAUGAAUGUAAAGAAUGUGGGAAAUCCUUUGGCCAUCGCCCAGCUCUUACCGUACAUCGGAGAACUCACACAAGAGACAAACCUUAUAAAUGUAACGAAUGUGGGAAAUCUUUCUGUGUAAAGCCAAAGCUCACUGUGCAUCUGAGACUUCACACAGGUGAGAAACCCUAUGAAUGUAAGGAAUGUGGGAAGACUUUCUACCAGAAAUCAAAACUCACUGUACACCAGAGAACUCACACAGGUGAGAAACCUUAUAAAUGUAAUGAAUGUUGGAAGACCUUUUGUGAGAAGUCAACUCUCAAUAGACAUCAGAUAACUCACACAGGAGAGAAACGCUAUGUAUGUAAAGAAUGUAGGAAAACUUUCUACCAGAAGUCAGCCCUGACUGUGCACCAGAGAACUCACACAGGAGAGAAACCCUAUGAGUGUAAUGAAUGUGGGAAAACCUUCUGUCAGAAAUCACACCUCAGCAAACAUCAGAGAACUCACACUGGGGAGAAGUCAUGUGGGGCAGAGACUGGCUAUAUGUAUACCCAAACUCACUUUCUCUUUGUGUUGGGCACACAGUUAGCCUGCAUGUCUCAGCCUCCCUUUACUGUGGGUGGAAGUGUGUAAUUGAGCUAUGGCCAAGAGAUCAUGAACACAAAUUAUGAACAUUAUUUCCGUGUCUGGCCACAAAAAAACUUACUUGCGUUUGCUGAUUUUUCAUUCCUUGUGCUCCUGAAGUGCAGAUUACCCGCAGGUUUGUCUUUGGAGCCAUAGAUGGCAACCAUGACUUAAGGCAGAAAGGAUUGAUUGGGGAGGGCAGAGAUCUUCCCAACUCCACCUCAAAAAUCUUCACUUGUACUUACCUGAGUGAGAAACAUUCCCUGUUGAACCCUUCUAUGUGUAACCUAUUUACAACACUGUGAGUCCAUUGUAGCCAGUUCACUUUAUGAAUUUGAGGUAGGCUUCUCUGAGAAGUUACCAGUCAUUGUGUAGGAGAUUCACAUAGGAAAGAACUUAAGUUCACUCCCAAAUCAAUGGAUGGAAAAAAAUCAAAGAAAUCAUAGGAAGAAAGAAAUUUAAUAAAUGCAGGAAUGCCAUUAUUGGCCAGAGACACCUCAUUGAACACUGAGAAUAAAGUAAAACCUUAUAAAUAUCUUUAUUGUGUCCAAAUUUUCAACAAAAUGUCCAACUUUGUGUUUAUCAGUGAAUUUUCGUGAAGGGAAAACUAUCCGGUAAUGUGGAUAAAAAAUUUCAGAUAGAAAUGACAGAUACUGUAUUGGAGAAAAAUUUUUGAAGACUAUAGACCAUAUGUUCUCUGCUUGGGGUGAUUUUGCCUCUAAGGGGGACAUUUGGCAAUACUAUGCCUGGUAAGUAGCACAGUGUCAAUUGUGAAUUUUUCUAUUCAGGGUAGUUAUAGGGCCCUGAAGAUUGUAAGGGGUGGAGUAAUAGACUCCACCUCUUGAUGUAAAGGCAUCUUACAAAGAGUAUGUGGGAUGGGACAUAGUAGCGUGGCCAUCUUUGGAAAAUACAGUAGGACACUAUCCACUUUCUGGCCACAGAGUUCACAUCACUUACAUGUGCAAACUAUAACACUCAAAGGAUUCCAAUUUAGAAAGCUGCUUGGCAAAUCUAGGACCUCAUCAUCUGUAUCAGGACCAGGUGCACAUAGUCUGUUUGGGCACAGUCCCUUCUGUGUGGUUGCUCUUAAACUGAAGCCAUGUGACCUGAAGUGAGCACUUAGGUGCCCUGCACACAACACACAGUGUAGCAUGGAGAUGGGAGACUCAGUCCACUCAAAGGGGAGGGGAAUUGGGAGGCACUUAGCCAUCUGUGGUCCACAGAAGCUCUGAAAUCUAGCAGGGCCCCCAUCAGUUCCUUGAUUAGGAUGCCGUGGUUCUGGGAAUGACUUCCAAAGACUUCUGCACUCAGUCAUCUCUUCUACAGGACAUACCCUGAUUUUUUUUUUUUUUUACUAACUAGUCUCCUCAGUUGUAUUUCCUGCCCAGAGGACUCUUUUCAUUUGAACUGUCUCUAAA